AUGACAACAAUCGACAUAUAACCUCAGUCUCAAUUCUUUAGCAACAAUUAUUGGAGAAAAUUAAGAUAAGUAUAAAUUUGUAAGAAAGAUGAAGAAGAAUCAAUCACUGAAACAGUGAUGGGAAAAGUUAAAUGUGAUAUCAAUUAGCAGUUUUAACAUUUAAAAAGUGUAAUUAGCGCUAAAUAUUGUAAAUAAAGAGACAUUUUGGCAACAACUAGCAUAGAUAAAAUUGUGAGGAUUUUUUCAAUGGAUGGUUCAUUAAAGCAUCAAUUCGAAAAUUCAUCAGACUAUGAUAAGACCCUAUCAUUUAGCUAUAAUGGACAGUUUUUAGCAUGUGCAGGUGCAUAUGAUAAAAUGAUAAGAAUUUGGAAUAUCGAUAGUUAAGAACUAUAAUUCUAACUUAAAGGCCUCAAAAGCAGAAUUUUAAAGGUCACCUAUUUUAAUAAUAGGGAUGACAGGUUAAUUUCUAUAACACAAGAUAACUAAAUUUAGAUUUGGGACAUCAAAUCUCAAACCAUAAUACAAUCUUUGACUGGCCAACAAAGUUUGAUUACAUCAAUUUAAAUAUCAAAUGACGAUUUUCGUUGUGUAACUGGAUCGGUAGAUGGUAUGAUAAUAGAAUGGGAUCUAAAGAAUUAUAAGUUAAAAAAUUAAUGGAAAGGUCAUUAGAAAGGGUGUUUUGCUUUGAAGUAUGCAAAUGGAGGACAUACUCUAGUGAGUGGUGGUGCAGAUAAAAAAAUCAAAUUAUGGAAUAUGGAUAAAUAUAAACUUUUCAAAUAGUUUAAUGGCCAUAGUAGUCCAAUUUAUGCUAUUGAGGUUAAAAAGGAUACUGUAAUAAGUUGCCAAUUUAAUUAAACUUUGAUGUGGAACAUGAAAUCCUUAUCGAUAGUUCAACAGAUCUCAAGUACUUAAUUGGAUUAUUGCUUUGUCGAAAUAAUGAAAGAUUCAUUCGUAAUCGGAUAUAAUGGAAAUGGUAUAAAAGUUUGUGAUUUUCAAUGA